AUGUCUGUCGCAAAAAAUGACGAACAGAAAAACAUCAGGAAAGCUAACAGUCUGCACGACUGUAGUCUUCGAUACACCCGUGCUGACUCGCGCACUAACACGCCUGGCAGGAGCAGCGCGCGAUUCGGCGCGCUCAGCCACCACUCGUUCUUCUCCCGCCACAAUCCCCAUCCCCAGCGGGUCACACACAUGAAGGGCCUGAACGGUGACCCGGUGUGCAUGGUGAAUGACGACUGGUACGUCAGCAGCCCCCUGUGGCCCCACCCGCUGAUCAGCAGCCAGGUGGCAGCCAGCAGGUCCUACCACCCCCCGCCGGGCACCCUGUCACCAUCACACCCCCUGGCCCCCCUCCUCCACGGACCCAAGGCUACUGCUGGAGGAGCAGCCCUGCUGUCGGACGCCUGGAAAGAGGAGCUCAAGGACAUUGCAGCCAAAGUCAGCAUGUCCAACGAAUCCAAGAAGGAGAAGAGAGAAGUAGGUCCAGGCCAGACAGCGGCGUCAUAUCACGGUCGCCGUACCCAGUACUCAGCCCAGACGGGUCGCAUCGUGCCCCCUCCGACCCGCUCCCUGGGCCGUUUCGGGACCCAGGCCUCCCUGCGUAGGAGAGGCCCCCAAUGCCAGGCAACGACCCUGCAGCCCCUUCACGACCAGGAACUCAUGGUGCUGGAGCUCCUCUGUCAGAUCUUACAGACCGACUCUCUUCACAUGCUGCAGCAGUGGCUUCUAUUUGCCGGGCAGAAAGAGAAAGACCAGGUGAUGGGUCUCUUGCAACAGGCGAUGGCUGGGUCUUCACUGUCCGAGCAGCCUGACCACAUGACCAUAGGAGGCCAGGUGGGAUACAGCAGGGCAGGAUCGGGGUCUCCGGGUUCAGUGGAGUCGGCUUUAUCACUCCCACCCCGAUGCAUGCUGCUUGAUCGCCAGCCUUCUCAACAGCGCACAAGGCCACGGUAA